AUGAAGAUGCCGCAAGUUCCCCGAUCGAAGGCUGCAUGGAAGGCAGUGUUGACUACCAAUUCUGCCGAUGGGACUAAGUCCUCGACUUGGAUCAACAAGGAUCUCGCUCCUACUCCGCCGGAUGCAAGAACAUGGUCUUGGAUCUCACUUAGCAGUUAUUGGUGGGGUAACGCAUUCAAUGCAAGUCAAUGGUCAAACGGAGCGAGUUUGAUUGCUGUCGGCCUGAACUGGCAUCAAGCUCUGGUUUCAUGCAUCAUUGCUAACUUGAUUUCAUCUUCUGUUGCUCUUGCUCUUGGCCGACCAGGCGCAAGGUACCACGUUGGCUAUCCCGUCCUGGCUCGAAGUGUUUUCGGAAUGUAUGGCCAGUUCUUCUUCGUUUGGAUCCGAGCUGUAGUCGCUACUAUCUGGUUUGGAGUGCAGUCAUACUUUGGGUCCCAGUUACUCAGCGUUCUCCUGAGAUGCGUCUUUGGAGAAUCCUGGUGGCAUAUGACGAAUCACUUGCCUGCCAACGCUGGCAUCACUUCUAGGGAUCUUCUAGCCUUUUUCUUGUUCUGGAUCAUUGAAAUGCCCUUUCUGGCAGUCCAUCCACGCAAGAUAAAGUUUUUGUUCGCGGCCGAGUCAAUAAUCUGUCCUCUAACCUGUAUCGGCGUCUUCGCUUGGUGUGUUCAAUACGGAGGAGGGAUUCGUAUGAAUUCUCUUUCAUCCACUACCGAAGCAAAAGGGGGAGCCCUUGGAUGGGCGAUGCUCAAUGGAAUAAAUAGCUGUUUAGGCGUCACGUCUGCACUGCUAGUCAAUCAACCCGACCUUACUCGAUACACCCGUCGGCCAAAAGAUGCCGGCUGGAGGCAAGCAUCGUCCAUCUUCUUCAGUAAGACGCUGAUUUUCUUUUUCGGCAUUGGUGCUACAGCAGCAGUGCAAGGUAAAUUCGGACACGCAUACUGGAAUCAGUGGGAUCUUCUCAACGCAAUUCUUGAUCGAUUUUGGGGUCCAGCAGCUCGAGCUGGGUGCUUUUUCGCCUCGUUUGGAUUUGCUCUGUCGGUGUUGGGCGUGAAUAUUGGCUGCAAUGCUAUUCCUUUCGGUAAGGCUGGACUUCUCUAG